CACAGUGUUGGUUUCAUUCAGUGCAGAGAGUCGUUGCCACUCGCAUUUGACACACUAAAUUGGGUGAAAUGGACGUUCCAGGAUGCGCUCUCCUUUUAAUAAGCAUAAUGUGCAUCUGUUUAAAAAUCCAAUUACAAAGCACAUCACAAAUUUAAAUCCUCUAUGUUAAGACUUACGUGUGUGUGUGUGUGUGUGUGUUUUUUAUUUACAUUAUUUGCUUUAGGAAACCACAUCAAACCCUGGAAUCCGGUUGGAAAACUGGGAGGACAUAAUCAAACUUACCUGUAUAACCACCGAGACACCACACUGUCUUAUACCUGAUGGUGAAAUGGGAUACAUUCCUUACACUGUUUGAUGUGAAUCUCCUGAAAAUGCUCACAUUGUUCAAAGGGUGUGCUAGUGCAUGAUAUGAAAUUUGGAAAACUCUAAACGAUAGAUCAAUUAAUCAAAUAAAUAGUCAGCAGAAUAAUUGAUGAUAAACAUAACAUAGCACAAGUAGGUAAAACAUGACAACAAAAAUUCACAUUACAUUGCAAGUCAAAUGGAAGUAUUAUGUCAAACAGCUAAAGAAAAUAGAGCAGACAGGACAACAUGCAUUUGAUCAACUUCACAAUUAAAUGCUGAAUACACAUUAAUGCAUCGGUAAUCAAUAAUAUACCAAUCUAAAAGAGUCAUUCCACCUCAUUGGUACUUUUACUUGGGGCUGCACUUAAAAAAAUGUCAUUAUCAAAUAAUCAGCCAACUAUUUUCUCAACUUGUCAAAUAAUGUGACUGAGUAAAAUAAUUGGUUUUCAAAGUAGUUCUCAACAGACUAAUCGGCUGAGCUCUGUAGAUGUUGACUUGUGUAGUUCCACCUCAGUAAAAUCAUGUAUUAUGCAAGACGUUAACUUGUAGAGAAAGAGGGAGAUAUUUCUAUACCAUCAUCCACAUCAGUUAGAUGUUUGUGAAAUGUAAUUAUUGUCAUCAAACACGUGUUACACUCAUGUAAUAAGCUUAAUAACAAACACAUUGGUAGUGCUGGAGACAGCAAAUAAUAUUUAGUAAGGACAUAUAAUAUGAUCUGGAUAACCUUCUGUCAUCCAGGUUUGGUUAAGUAACUUUGAAACAAAGACACGACGUUAUAGGGCAGAAAGGGGGCGUGGCCGCUGGAAGCUUGAAGGCACAUUCAUGGUUUGGUCGACUGGCGGAGAAUGGGAGAGAGGGAGGGAGGGAGAGGGGGAGAGAGAGAGGAGGAACUGCGGGUGGAAAAAAAAAGUUAAAGUAAAAAUGGCUUCCUUGUCUUUGGAGUCUACAGAACAAUCUGAGAACAGCCCAGAGGAGCCGACGGCAACGGAGUCCAAAGAAGAGGAAGAUCCGGUGCAAAUUUCGGAACAAUUACUCCAAAGUUUCCAAAAGUCGGCGUUGAGUUUUUCCACCGACCAAAUCUCAUGUCUCUGCGAGGCCCUUCUGCAGGCGGGCAAUGUGGAUCGCCUGUGGAGAUUUAUAUCCACCAUACCUCCUUCGUCCGAGCUGCUACGUGGCAACGAGACCAUGCUGAAGGCCCAGGCACUGGUGGCUUUCCACCGGGACGAAUUCAAGGAGCUGUACGCCCUCCUGGAGAGCUACGACUUCCACCCGUCUAACCAUGGGUUCCUGCAGGACCUGUACCUGAAAGCCCGCUACAAGGAGGCGGAGAGGACUCGGGGCCGCAGCCUGGGCGCAGUGGACAAGUACCGGCUCAGGAAGAAGUUCCCCCUGCCCAAAACCAUCUGGGACGGAGAGGAGACCGUGUACUGCUUCAAGGAGCGAUCCCGGAAUGCUCUGAAAGAGUGCUACAAGAGCAACCGGUACCCGACUCCGGACGAGAAGAAAAACCUGGCCAAAGUCACCGGGCUGUCGCUCACGCAGGUCAGCAACUGGUUCAAGAACCGCAGGCAGAGGGACAGGACCCCGUCCGGGACGCACAGCAAAAGUGAGUCUGAUGGGAACCACAGCACCGAGGACGAGGCGAGCGCCAUGGACGACGCCCCUGAUAAACCGGACGAGGCUGCUGGCUCCACAGCUUCCAUCAUCUCUCUCUCUGCCGUCCCCUGUGGCUCGGGAGGCCAGCUCAUCUUCAACAGCUCCGGCGGCUUCCUCACAGCGCCUCAGUCGUUACUAGUCAACGGGAAUUCCCUGCUCUCCAGUACCGGUGCCAGUGUCAUAAUCAACGGGCUCAGCUUGAGCGAUUGCCAGACAGUCACACUGAGUCCUGUUGCGAACAACUCUCCGUUGAUACUGAACGGGGCUCAGGUAAUAACCAAACCCAGUGUCGGUGUGCAGCAGGCCGUUUCUAUGGCCCAACUCGAGCUUUCGGCCUUGGAGGCCAAGCAGAGAAGUCUUCCAGCGGUUGCUCUCAGCACAAACACCACAUCGGUCUCAAACCCUCCCUCCAUCAUCUCACUUCCUCUGCAAACCAGAACUGACAGUGGCAAUGCGAUGGAUUUCAUCAGUGUCCCUGAAUCAGAGGGCAGCUGCCAGACAGUAUCUUCAUCUUCAUCUUUAUCCCCUUCCUCACCAACUCUGUCCUCCCCGACCAGGCUCCCCUCGCUCGUGUUAACACAAAACCCCCAACACCAGGAGUCUCUCUCCAUCCCGGUCUCCAUGUCAUCUACCGGCAUGUUAAUCUCCAGUUCUGCUCUUCCUCUCUCCGGUCAACACGGGGAGUACGUUGUCUUUGCCACUGCUGGCUCUCACUUAAACCCUUCCAGCUCUGUCGUUUCCUCCCCUCAGGUCUUCUCUCUGCCCCAGGUUGUGCCUUCCAUCCAGGGUAUACCAGUCUCCCAGCUGGUCCAGCACUCUUCCGGAGCCCAAGUGUCCCAAUGCCCUCAGUUGGUCCCAGUCUCCUCCCUCACCUCGCCAGCUCCUCAGUUCCAAAACCAGACGGUGAACACGAGCACCAGACAGGAUGCGUCCACCACUUUGCCUGAAGGUGCUACAACCAUCGUCUCUAUCUCACAGCUCAACAACAACAACAACAACAACCAGCUCCCACAGCGGACGAUACAGCAGCUGGGGGGCCUAAUCACAAAAUCCACACCCGGAAACAUCCAGGUCCCACAGGUUAUUUCCUUCUCCUCCCCGACACAGGUAGUCCCGGUCCCCCAGACCAAAGGCCCCACACCAGCCCAGCUAGUCCCUCUCUCCAUGCCUCAGCUGGUCCCGGUCUCCCCCAUCCAAACCUCUUCCACGAUGUCUUUCCCCCAGGUGGUACCUGCCACUUCUUCUCUCUCCAUCCCCUCUGCUGGAGUGCCCUUACAGAUCCUGACCUCGGCUCCUCCAGGGGUCACACAGGGUCCUCUCAGAAUAAACCAGUUGAGGCCCAUUCAGAGUGUGGGUCCCCCAACCGCUCCUGGUGUGCAGCUCCUCAACUCUGGGAUCAUUCAGCUGCCUUCUGCUCCUCCAGGUAACCUCCUCCUGGGUGGAAGCCCCUACCUGAGCGUCCAGCAAGGCAAGCUAAUUCUGACCAUCCCAGGAGGCAUUCAACUCACCAGUUUGCCCCUGAAACCAGUCGCUGAGGCGUCUCCCUUCUCUGCGAAUGGCCUGAGUCACCUUCUCGCCUCCUCCACCCCUCCCGUAGUGUCGACCGCCCAGUGCCCGACCCCGGGUGGCCUCGCAUCAUCUCCACUACAUUUCAUCAACUCGUCUCUGCUGUACGGGGCUCCAGAGACGGGGACCUCCGUCCUCCCCUCCCCUCAUGUGCUGGACCAGUCGGUCACCCCUACAGGGCCAAACACUCUCACUCCAGAAAGUCUGCUCACCCUCAGUCCCAUGUACAGUGGGGUCACCUCCAACAUCCACUUGGCCCAGCCAGCCUGGAGCCCCGUGCCCCUCUCCACUUCAGCGAGUCUAACUCUGUUUGAUAUCCGCGGCAAGGGGGACCUAACUGUGGACCCGGCUUUGCUGGGCCUACCUGGAGGAGAGUCGCUGCUUCUGGGAAGCCCGUCGCCGGAGCACGACGUGGACGUCAACUCUGCAAUGGGGGAUCCAGAGGAGAUGGACGGGGACUCCAAGAUUCUUACGCAGCUCCAGUCUGUCCCCGUGGACGACGACCUCGGCUUGUAGUCCGUUUACCUUGCUGGAUCGGCAACCCAGUGUCUCUCAAAACAAAAACAAUGACGCAUACAGCAGGUCGCAGACUCUGCUGUGUGACCGCUUUCGUUCCACAAUGUCAAACCUCGAAGAGCCCAAAGUUUUUUUUUUACAAUAUGUUCAGGUUCCGACAUGUACAACCAUGACGCUCACUCAGUCGGGCCCGGUACCAUCACGGUCUCAGCUGGCACUUUUGAGAUAAAUCCUCUGCAGUUCUAUUUCACAUGUAGGGUUAUAUCGGCUGUUCUCGUGCGUUUCAGAGUUGUUGUUUUCUUUGACUAAAAUCUGUACGUGCCUUAUGUGUUUUAUCAGAUGUUUGAAAGUUUCCACCGGGAACAGAAAAGACGAUUAUAUGCAAGGUGUUACGGCUUGGCCUCCUCGCUCUUCUUCGCAGUUUUGUGGACUAGAGACCAAGUUCGGUUGUACUUGGAAAAGAUGGCUGGUUUUAAUUUCUGGCAGUAGAAGAAGUUCUUUGUGGAUCGACCACAGUAACGAUACAGCGGGCAUGAAUCUAGAAAUAGUUGAGCAUGGCCUGUCUGUCCAGAGCUCAGAGAUUCAGGACUCCAGGAAUAUAGUGAAGAUUAUAUUCUUCACAAACAGAACUUUGUUUAGUUGGUUGAGUUUUAUGAGAAACCAUUAUUGCGUCAUAGCUUUGAGGACUAUACAGCAGUAUUUUUAUUACGACAGGUUACUGAAGUCUGGGCUGAAACAGGCUGCCAAACUGAUUUUAUCAGUAAACUGUCAAAUGACUUUCUCCAGUUUUUUAAGUGGAAAUGCUGCACUCCAUUAGUGAAAACACAACACAGGAAAUAAAAGGGUUUAUAUUCUAUGCAAUGCAUGUUUAGUUCUUUAUAGGACACUUUGAGUUGAGAAGCCAGUACUCUUGGGAGACGAGAAAAAACUUUUAAUAGAAGAACUUUUAAAUGAAGCAUGAUACUAAAGCGUUUGCUGUGAUCCCACUUGGUGAUAUUUUGUUUGUAAAUGCAUCCAGUUUGUUGGUAUUGAUAAGUGCCUUAUGUUAAAGCUUACAGGUUUGAUGUUUUUGAAAAAUGUUUUGACUUUCUACACAGUUACAAUUGCUAGACACACGACAACAUUUUGGGAUUCACAGUGUGGACUUUUUUUUGUUGAAUACCCACAUUUGUUUGUCUGUUUGAUUGCAAGUGAAACAUAAUGUGACCGUUCAGGUUGCAUCGUCAUCGCCCAAUCUCCUCUAUUUGUAUAUUUUGCACCUUUCAUUCACACAAUAUUUACUGAACUUCUGUGUUAUGACAGUGGUUGUAAUUCAUUCUGAAAUACAUUGUAUAUCCUUCAUAAUCCUGAUGCUGAAUUCCUGAUGAAUAUGUUGUAAAUUGAUGGAACAGCUCCCUCAAUGAACACCUGAAUAUGCCCAUCGUUUAAGACCUUUGGCUAAUCAUGGUACACAAAAAUACACUUCAGUGUUGCAUCUAGUUACAAUAAUAGCCUUUUUGCUUUUUAUUAGAAUGUUUGUUCUUUGUCUUUUUUGUACAUUUAAUCUAUUUAAAGCAUGUAUCAAUCAGUAAAAAAGUGAGUCCUUGUGAAAAAAUGCAGAUAGGAAAUGAUAUUCAUUUUGACUUGGAAGGUCACAUUGUUGUCAAACUGAGGUUUUGCGAUCUUAGACUAUGUUUAAAAGUCAUUUUGAUGGUAAUUUACAAAUACAGUAGAUCACCCCCUGUUAAUAAAUGUCAAGGCCAUCUGUUCCCAGUGGCCUUUGAGUAGUUAAUUAAAUGGCUUUUACAAAUCAGUUUUAGUCUGAAUUUUACUGACAUUUAAAUAAGUAGUUAGGGGCAAAGGGAAAUGUGUCCUAUAUGGUAGCCUGUAUUUGUUUAUAUGAGCCAUGUCUUACCAAAGUAUGAUGCCAUGAAAGCCUCCAUGGGCGUAUGCACAUUUGUACCCGUUUGUUUGUAGCCAGGGACACAUUGUUGUUCUCUCCUACCAACAGACACAUAUGACUCCACAUUUUACCAAAGAUAAUGUAUUUGUAUUAACUUUUUGAUAUUUGUGAAAGGGAAUGUUUUGUGUCUGUCAUACAAGGUUUUCUCAUUUUUGUAUUCAAAUGCAUUCUAUUUUUUAUAUUUCAUAAUAUUGCAAUAAACUACAUUUACAGAAAAGGUU